GGUUCUUCAUUUGAUUUGAUGAAUGAGGCAAGCAAAGGUACGUAUAUAUAACUAAUUAAGUUCUCCAACAUGUUAAUUUUAUAAUUAUGAUGAUUCACCCAUAAAGAUUCCGAUCCCUUUAUGGGUCAAAUGAAUAUAGUUGUCACGGACGGCAGUUGUGAGAUCAAAACCUUAAUUACUAACUAGCUUGCAUGCAUGGCAACUGUUUCUGACAGCCCUUAACUAACAACAACAUGCAUGGCAGUAUAUAAAUGUGAGCUCCAUAAAUGGUUAUUAAACACACCAAAACGUUAGCGUAAUCAUGAUUCACCAUAUCCUCCUCACAACAGCAGUUAUCAUUUUCGCUACUUGUCACAAGACAACACUUUCAUCACCAGUAAAAGGAAUAUAUUGGUCCGAGAAUCAAAUAUUCCCACCAUCAUCCAUUAACACUUCACUCUUCACCCACGUCUACUACGCUUUCCUCUUCCCAAACAACCUCACCUAUGCCCUCCACGUGUCAGACGCAACCGCCAGCAACGCCUCUCUCUUCGCCCUCAUCGCUUCCACCGCCGCCACCCGCGCAUCCUUCAUCCACUCCACCAUCCAAGUUUCCAGAAUCUUCGGCUUCGACGGUAUCGACCUCGACUGGGAGUUCCCUAGGGACUCCAACGAAAUGAACGACCUCGGCCAGCUUUUUCAUGAAUGGCGCCUGGCAAUCUCCGCCGACGCCGUCGCCACCCGCCGCCCGCCGCUGCUGCUCACCGCUGCCGUGUACUUCGCGGUGGACUUCUUCCUGUCCUCCACUCCGCCGCACAAGUACCCCGUGGACUCCAUCAAUCAGAACGUUGACUGGGUCAACGUCAUGAGCUACAGCCUUCGCGGGCCAUGGGGCAACGUGACCGGAGCUCCGAGCGGCCUUUUCGACCCGGGUCGAAACAUAAGCGUUAGUUUCGGGUUGCAGUCGUGGAUCCAGGGCGGAGUUGUUCCCGAGAAAGUAGUUAUGGGCUUGCCGCUUUAUGGGAUGACGUGGCAGCUUCAGGAUCCGAACGUGCACGGAAUUGGUUCUGAUGCUGCUGGUCCGGGUCCCGGGUUGAACGGUGCAAUGGCGUACUUUCAGGUGGUGGAAUUUAAUAACCAAAGUGGUGCGAAGGUUGCGUAUGACGUUGAAACGGCGUCGGUUUAUUCAUAUUCUGGGAGUUCUUGGGUUGGCUACGAUGAUCCCUUGACGGUUACAGUUAAGGUUGCUUAUGCUCAAGCCCUUUGCCUUCGUGGCUAUUUUUUUUGGGCUGCUGGCUUUGAUACCAGUGACUGGAAAAUCUCAACGCAAGCUUCCAGGGCUUGGAUACUUGCAUGAGAUUGGAGAUUGUGUGAAGUUAUUUGUGCAUUCUUUAUAAAAAAAACGUGUUAUUUGGACUGUUGGAGAGAAUAUAAAAGCUGAGCCGAAGCCAAGGAAUUGAAAGCUUGAAUAAGUGACAGAUAAGAAAGGUCUCCAAUUGCACAACAGUGAUAAGACCAUCGAGGCAUAUUAUCUCCUCGUUUAGCUUUUUAUUAUCUAUAUUUAAUUUACACACAAGAUUAAGGCAUAUUAUUCCACAUGAAUAUAAAAGAAAACGGUGCUGUAUGAAGCAUUUUAA